AUGGUAGAAAGGAUUAGAGGCUUAUUCAAGGGCUCUCAAUUUGUAGCUUCAGGAUCACUGAUUAAGCUUGCAGAUAUCCCCAACGAUUUUUACGCCAAAUCUACUAUCUUUAUGAAUGCCAAGAUCACAAUAAAAAAUUGAAAAAUUCAUAUAAAAAAUGAUGAUUACGACCCAGAUCAAGAACAAUCUGAGUUUCUCUCAUUUGAGAUUGAUGAAGAAAUGGAAAUGGCUCAUUUCACAGUUUUUGACUAUGAUCAAACCCAAAUAGACUCUGUGAAAUGAAAAAAUCUGAAUACUUUUAUUAUAGAGACAGCUUCUAUAAUUGGCUUUGAAUUCAGCUCUCCAAAUGAAUGUCAAAAAUUUCUGAAUUUAAUUCAGGAAAUGGUUAAUAUACAAGAAGAAGGCGUAAAGCGAUUUGAAGACAGACCAAAAAAUCUUAAGCCAGCUCAGAAUAAGCUGAACGCCUCAACACAAUUGCCACCAAGUCUUAAUAAAGAAAAGACUCAAAUAAAGCCUCAGCCACUGCAAAAAGAAGAGGAAGAUAAGAUACAAAGAGAUUUUAAUUUUAAGGAAAAAGUUAUUUUUCAAUUGCAAAAUCUUUAUACCCCAGACCAGAUCGUUUUUUGUUCUCCUGGAAACUUAUAUUUAAAUUUAGAAAAUACCAGAGAACAGUAUGAAGAAGGGAUAGGCUUUUUAGUGGUAAAACAUGAAGAAUUUUCAUAUACGCUUGAUUUGGUAAGAGAAUCAAAAAUCAUUAUGAGGAAUGUUAUGGAUAAAGACUUUGCGUAUGAAAUUGAUGCUUAUAAUCAUACCAUUUCUUGAAUUGAGCAAGCUAAUAAUACACAACGAUAUUGGACUGGAUAUCUGAUAGAAAAUAUAUUUCAUCUGCAAACUUUGUUUCUUGUUGCUCAAUUUGAAAGCUCAAGAUAUCUCAGUGUGGAAGUUGACUUAUCUGCUGACUUUUGCAAUCGGAUUGUAAAAAUAUUCGUCAUUUCUUUUUAAAAUUUUCUUAUUAAAAUAAUUUUGCAAUUUAAAUAAUAAAAAUAUUUUCUCUAGAGCACAAAUGUCUAUAGUUUGUAAUAAAGUUCGUGUUAUUAAAAAUUUCAAAUCAAUAUUAUAUAACCAAAAUUUUAAUAAUAUUGGCUCAUCCAAGAGGAGGAGUGAGGAUAAAGAAUGGCUUAAAAAGGAAGAUUCUGAUCAAGAAGAGAUCUCAGAUGGCGAUGAAAUGGAAAUUGAGUAUCGAAAUGAGCUGAGGUCUGAAGAAGUAACUGGUUGCAUUCUAGACAGUGCAACUUAUUAUGGAAGCCCAUACAUGCUUACAGCAAAGGAGAAUAGCAUAGGAGUUUAUCAGUUAGGCUACGAGUCUUUGAACUUGGUGAAUGACAUCCCAGUCAAAUAUAAUCGAAAAAUCGUCCAGCCAAGCCAGCUUUUAUUCCAUCAGCAAGGCUCAAAGCUUCUUCUGCUAAAUAAUAAAGACAAAAACGGAAUUUUUGAAAUGGAUAUGAAUAGAAAUGGUGAAAUAGUGCAAAAAUAUUCACCAGGCAAAGGUGAUAUUGUAUCAAUAUAGCGUCUUCACCUUUAUAACCUCCCUUGAUGCUGAUUUUUUAUAGCAAUUUGGAGAUCUGAAGAGCCACCUAAAAGUGAAAAGUCAACUCCAAGUUGACAAAUCUGGCAAAAGGGUGUGCUUUUGCCAACUUGAAGUUUACUUGUCACCUUUAUGCGGCUCGUCAGAGCUUCAGAUUGCUAUGAAAAACUCAGCGUCAAGGCAUGCUAUAGUGGUGUAGACACUAUAUGUUCUCAUGAGAAACUAUCUCAGCUUACAAUUGAUCCCCUGUUUUUAGCAAUGGGCGAAAAUUCUUUAUUUACCAUCGACACAAGAAUGUCAGGGAAAAAGCAAGUUUGUGAAAGUAAAUUAUACGCAAAAAAUUACCAUUUUACUUGCUUAUCGACUACAAUUGAUGGCAAUAUUACACGACUAAUUAGGAAUUUCAAGGUGAUACUAUCUUCUUCAGCGAAAAUAACAAAACCUCCCUUUUAACUCCCCAGUUGAUGAUAUCGACUGCCAUCUUGUCCAGCAAGCAUUUCAGAUAACUCUUUCAAAAGGGCUAGAAAAGCCUUCACCGGUUGUGUUGACGUUGCUCCAAACUUGACUUCUACGCGUGUUCCGCCUAAGGGUCUUAUAUUAUCUUGUCUUAUUCAGCAGGCAGAGCCUUAUGGGCCUUUUUCCAAGUUACUCCAGGAUCUCCAAUUUCCACUUCCAAUUUUUGCCUUACUUUUUGCUUCCGCUUCUGAUUCAAUUUCUUCUUCAAUUACUCUUCAAUUUCUGCUUUCAUUUUUGCUUCAUUUUCUGCCUCAAUUUCUGCUUUACUUUCUGCUUUAAUUUCUGCUUCAAUUUUGGUUCCAUUUUCCGCUCCAAUUUUGGAUUCGAUAGUUGCUCCAGUUUUUGCUUCGAUUUUUGCUUCAAUUCUUACUCCAAUUUCUGACUAGAUCCCUGCAUAAAUUUCUGUUUCAAUUUCUGAUUCAAUUUGUUCUUCAAUUUCGGAUUCAAUUUGUGCUUCAAUUUUUGCUUCAAUGUUUGUUCUUCAAUUUCGGGUUCAAUUUGUGCUUCAAUUUUUGCUUCAAUGUUUGCUUCAUUUUCUGCUCCAGUUUUUUUCUUGGUUUUUGCUUCAAUUUUUGCUCCAAUUCCUGCUCUAGUUCCUGCUCAGAUUCCUGCAUCAAUUCCCGUUUCAGCCCCUGCUUUAUUUCCUGCUUCGACUUCUGUUCCGAUUUUUCCUCAUUCCGUUGAACCAUAGCCGCACAAAUUAGUUUCUCACACUUCACGCAAACUAGCUUAGCAUUCAUUCCUUUCGUGUCUUCUGGCUUAAAUGCAAUGAUUUCAUCAUUCCUUAGCACUUCUCCUUGAAGUCUUCCAAUUUUUAAUAGCAAUUCUUGCUCCCAAUACGCAUCAAUAUUUUCUUCUCCUUGUGCACCUUUUACUGCUAAAAGCUCAAGAGCUUGCUCGAAGUCUCCUUGAGUUAGUUUCAAUGCUUCUUUUGCUUUGUCUUCUCCAAAUCCUAAGUCUUCUAAGAUUUCAAUGUCCAUUUCCAAUAUUUCCGAUUCAUCCAAUCACUCAGUUCGUCUUCAUAAUCUUCAUAAGAAUCUCCAUAUUCAUCAAAAUCAUCUGAAUAGCAGUCAAUUUCUUCACCAGCAUCCUCAAAACGACACAAUUCUGGGUUUUCAGUCAAGACGGUUUUGUUUUUGUUGGACCCUUUAGGUUCCAUGACCUAAUAAAAUAAAAAAGUUCGCCUAAGGGUCACCCUCCUUGGGUGUGUCAAACGGUAAAACUCCUAUACGUCAUAAUGCCCUUAGGCCAAGGACUUACCCUAUGCGAUAAGCCAUAUUUGGCAUUCUGGAUAAAGGUGCACCAAAUAAACCGAGCCCUUUAAUAAUAAAAUUCUCACUCCCCUCCGUGAGCGAACAAAACCAUUUGAAAAUCCCUAUUUCUGCCAAAAAACCCACCCUCUGUGAGGUAACAAAAAUUUUCGUGAAAAAAAAAAUUUUAUAUAUAAGUGAUAAUUUCUAUAAUGAAAUCCCUAGCUAAUUCUGUUUAAUUUAAACAACUUGCACUCUAAAACAUAAAUUUUACAAAUUAAAUUAAUAAAUGCUUUCCAUUCUUUGUAAAGUUCAAAAAAAAAAUUAUUAUAAACUUUAUAUAUCCUCCUGAGCAAACAAAAACAUUUUGCUCGAUCACAGAGGGGGUGGGAGUCAAAGGAGGAGGGGUUUACGGAGUUAACCAUUUCCGUACCUAGCCAUUUUAUUAUUUAUGACGACAAUAUUACAGUUGGGAACAAAACAGGCGAAAUUAGAAUGUAUAAACAAAUUGGAGAAAAUUCCAGAAACAAUUUGCCAGGAUUUGGCGAGGGAAUCACAAGCAUUGAUGCUACAAAGGAUGGGUCUUGAAUUCUCGCCACAACUGAUAAGUUCCUAAUUGCAACCCCCACACAAAGCAACGAAGGUGAGUCUGGAUUUCUCAAAAAGCUUGGCAAAAAGAAACAAAAACCUAGAAAACUUGUCUUAAAGCCAGAAGAUAUCUAUAAGUAUCAGCUUACAAACCAUAAAUUCACAGCUGCUAGAUUCGAUGUCGCUGAAAGGGACGAAGAGAGUGUGAUCAUCACAUCUAGAGGCAAAUUUCUUAUAAUAUGGAAUUUCAAUAGUAUUAAAAAAGGAAAGCUUGACAAUUAUAAGGUUAAAGAAAUUCCAGAAGAGCCUAUUAAAAAUGAGUUCAAGUUCAAUGAGAAAAAUUCAUGGACCACACAUUUAAGGGCAUUGCGAUUUCAACGUAACAAUUUUGGAUUUGAGUAA